AUGGGUGACCCACAAACAUACUUUGAAGAACACGCAACCUGGUCGUUGAUUUCUUUCUUGCAAUACAGACGACAGUAUGCAAAAGAUUUCACAAGAGAUAAACUUAAAGAGCAUAGGAAAUAUACGAAAGAACUUGAUAAAAUUAUUUCAAAUAAUGAAUCAAAGGAGAAAUGUGAUCAAGCUCAAAAAUGUCUUAACGACUUUGAUGACGAGAAAUCAUCUCCAGACGUAGAAGCUUUUUGGAUAUCGGACACGAUAUAUCUUACCAAGUUAAACUAUGCAAAAUCUGCGUUGGAUAAAACCGUCGAAGAAGCAAAGGAAAUACGAACAAUUGUGUCUGAUGAAACGAUAUCCAUACUAAGAGACGGUAACACUGUUCCGCAUGUUAAGACUCCUGAAUCGAAGCGAGCGCCAGAUAGUGAUAGUGAAAGCAACGAAAAGCCAGGAAAGCGCACAAAGACCGAAGAUGAUGAGUAUCAUGAUGAUGAUGAAUCAGAGCGAGCGCCAGAUAGUGAUAGUGAAAGCAACGAAAAGGUUAGUAUAAAU